GCUCCCACUGGAAGGUGAGUGGAAUUGCGAGCGAAUGGCUACGGAAGAGUGUGUGUGAGUGCGAGGCUGGUGAGCUUUUUCCAUCGAAAUACUUUGCAGAGAGACUCGGAAAACGGGGUGAUGUUUUUGUUUUUUCCUUAUGCUCGCUCAUUCGGUGGGUGUUAUGUACGAUGCCGAGCGAGAGAGAGUGUGUGCGUGUGCGGCUGUGUGAGUGCAUUGCGAAGGGAUUGUGUGGUGUUUGCGAAAGCUCAUGUAUCUCGAGAGCAAGCGGAUGCUUGGAACGAGUAUGAGCGCGUGAGUGUGAGUGAGUGUGGGGUAAGGACUCACAUGGAUCCAAAGCCGUCGGUUGCGGUUGUUAUGCGGGGGAGUGUGUGAGCAUAAGAAUAAAUUGUAAGAAUCAAAAAUUCAACAACUCUUAUUAUUUUCCGAUGCGGUGGGAGAGUACAGUUGCCGUGAGAGAGCGUACACGGGUGGUGCAGGUGGGAUCUGAACUGCGUUGCUUCUCGCUUGCUCGGGUUUUCUGAAGGAAUCACUGCGGCUCGCUCGCUCACUCGUUCGAUUCGAUCCGAGCCUGUUUGGCACGGCAGGCGGCUUGUGUAUGAUUUCCGAAUGUGUUUUGCGAUAUAUGUUUGAGAGACUCCGGCCGUCGCGCUACAACUUUUCAGUCGGUCUCAGGCAGUCACGGCGUAAAGCUCAAAAUGUGCGGUUCGAUAGUUGAUAUUUGGUUUAUUUAGAGUUUUUUGGACACCCAAUACACAUUGCACUACCAGCUGGGAAAGAGUUGCAAUUCGGACAGCUUCGGAAGCGAGUGGUUCUCAUGAACAGGUGAAGACAAGUGAUUUGAAUUCCGGAGCCAAAUCCGUUGAUCGGAUCGAGUCGAAUGCAGUUCAGCCAAAAAAAAUCGCGAUCAAAACAGAAAAUUCUACGAAGUUCGCCUUUGUAGUUGAAUGCGCUACCGCAAACGAAAAAGAAGAAAAUUUUUAAAACCUUUGGGCUGACGAAAAGAAGAAUUUUAUUUCAACGACAAGUGUUUCGGAAUCUUGAAAAAUUGUGCAAUUUUAGUUACGUUCUAACCUCGAAUCUAAGAGGCAGUGAUUUAAGUUUACUAACGAAGCAAAGUGACAAAAUCCCAUCAAACCAACAUCUAAACCACCCCAAGAAACAACAUCCAGCGCACCUUGGGAAUUCCUGCAAUCGAACAAAAGAGCCCAGAGGAAAGGUCGGGAUUUUACGGUUGGAAAUUCCUUUUUUCCCAUCUCAAGGACCCUGGUUCGUUCUCACAUGUGCGCCGAUGCAUGUUCUGAUUUAAUAGCUUCGCUCAUAAAAAGGGUCACAGCAAAGUUCAAAGGACUCCCAUCCCUACCUGGAGUCAUGCAAGUGAGCAGAACAGUCCUGAAAUAACAGGGCAAGGAACACCAUCUACCCUCAUCCCCGUACCAAGUUCUCCACCGAACGAAGCGGAACGAACGAAUGCGGAGCGACCUCAGGAGAAGGUCAAUGAAAUAUGUCACCGCUUCAGGUGGUGACGAUCGAAGAAGGUAGUCCGAACGGGGAGAAAGGAAUCGCAAGGACGACGACGACGACGACGAUGAUCGAUCGAAUCAGGCAAAGGUGCUGAACACCAGUUUGCCCAUGCUUGUUGUUGGAGUGCAAUCGUUCAUUUUUCGGACCGCUCAAAAUCAAAUUUUGGAAAAACGUAAAAUUAACAGAAGAAAAUUGAGGAAUACUCAGAGUUCUGGAACAAACAAAAAAUUGUGCUUACUGUUGUAGUGCGUUUACUUUCGUGUGAAGAAAAAAAAGAUCAAAACAACUUUCGGGAUUCUUGGUAGUGCAAAUAAAGUAAAGCAAAAAAUACAGCCGAAAAACAGGCUGCAAUUUACGUGAUUUUAUGUUAGUGUCCAAAAGCCUAGUAAGCCAGCUGUAGAAAAAGUAACCGAUUUAGGGCCGAACAAAAUUACAAUUAACUCGAUUUGUGUUUUGUGUCAACAUUCUACUCUAUGUUUAAGAAAUAUUUCGGAUUUUUGCUGUAGUGGAACGGUAUUUCCAAUAUAAAGUAGCAGUGUUUUGUACUGGCGCAAAUUUAUCGAAAUUGAUGUGAGUUUUCGUGUUUGUGUGUGAAUGUUCGUGGGUUAGCGAAGAACGAGACGAGCAACAAAAAAAUACGUAGAGGAUUUUAAAACAGUUUAUUUCCGGUUCUGGAAGCAUAUGAGUACAGACCGAACAACAUCAUCGUCUUCUGACAAGAGACCUACCCCCAAACUGUCGCGCAUGCAGCUGCUAGACUAGAGACCAGAUGAAAGAAAAGUUUGAAAUCAUGACGGAUCAGGAGCAUUACAGCCUUCGGUGGAACAACCACCAGAACCACAUUCUGCGGGCGUUUGACACCCUGCUGCAGACCAAAACCCUCGUCGAUGUCACGCUGGUCUGUGCCGAGACGAGCAUUCGGGCGCACAAAGUCGUCCUGUCGGCGUGUUCGCCGUUCUUUCAACGGGUGUUCUCCGAGACCCCUUGUAAGCAUCCUGUGAUAGUGCUAAAAGACUUCCGCGGAUGGGUCGUGCAAGCGAUAGUAGAUUUUAUGUACCGAGGCGAGAUCAGCGUUCCUCAGGAACGGCUCUCAGUACUGAUCCAAGCCGGAGAAUCCUUACAAGUCCGAGGACUAGUAGAUCACCCCGUAGCAGGAAAUACACCAACCCCAGCGCAGUCACCGGAAGACUUCAGCCUACUGGACUCCUCACUGAUAUCGCCAACUUCUCCAUCACUACCGUCGCCAAACUUCGGCCACCACCACACUCGCCACCCGCAUCCAAACUCUACGGCAACGAGUAUGCUAAGUGCCAGUACUCCAAAACUCCUGCUGCCACCACAGGUGUUCGCCGACCCUGCUCUCAAUCUACCCAAUCCGGAUCUCUGCACGUCUCCAAUGCCUCGUCGAAAACAAGCUCGCCCGAGACGCCGAUCAGGUGAUUGUGCCCCACAGGACCUCAGCAGUAAACCCACCAGUCCCGUUCCCCCCAACAUCGACGACAAGGAUGACGAAGACAACGAAAUCGACCGCGAAGAUGACGAAGAACAGGAAGACGAGGAUGACGAUCUCAAGGAAGUCAUUCGGAGAAGCGACAGCGAAGACAAAAAAGACUCCAGCCCCCAUAAAACGCCAAGCAAAGACGAAGACAACGAAAAAGAAAGCAAAAACAACUCGACCGCAUCGACGGCUACCCUCUCCGGAAUGGAUGGUCCCGAGAACCUGUGCAUGAAGAAAUCCUCCUCCUCAAGUAGUAGCUCCAGCAGCGGUAACAACUCUACCAACUCAAACAAAGACACAUGCUCUCGGUUAUCGGACCCCUCAAGCCUAAAAGACAGCCCUCCAGAAUCAACGAUCGGUCGACUCUCGCUAAAAGACAUCCGGCACCUGAAUCGCUCGGCACUGGUGCGUUCGAUGAGCUCGCUCUCGCCUCCGCCUUCGUUUCAUCUGAACAACAACCCUCCAUCCAGUCUAUCCCACCACGACAAACGAGUCAAGCUGGAGGAUCGCGACGACGAUCGACUCGGUGACGACGACGGGCCCCAUUUUUUAGACCACAUGGACCUGGCUCUGGCCGCCCAUCAGCAUCCUUUGGCGCAUCUCUCGCAUCAUAGAUCUUCGCCGCAACUGCGACCCCCGGGCCUAACACCAGACGGCGAGAACAACAACAGCAGUAGCAGUAAGAAUAACAACGGGAACAACACCGGAAUGGGCAACGGGUCCAACCGCGAUGGCAGCACCGGGCCCGGUUCGAUGUCCGGACCAGGGGGACCCAAGGAUGGCCGGCUGGGUCCGAAGGAUUUUCUGCACAGCCCGACGCUAAAUUUUCCGCCGUUCUUUAACCAAUCGGACGGUGGUGGUCCACCGAGGCCGCCGCACUCGCCGCUGUCCUUUCCGCAUAUGCCGUCGGUUUCGUCGCUGACGCUGACGCCGCCGCACAUGUUCAGUCUGGACUCCCCGCUCGGGCUCUUUCCUCCCGGGAUGGACCCCGGCAAGAUGUACAGUCCCCUGCUGGAAAUGUCCGACCCCCGUGGGAUGCACCACGACGGCCCACCGUUCCAUUUGAAAAAGAAACUAAACCGACCCAAAGGCCAGCACUCGGCACCUCGUGGAGGCCCACCCCGGUCCUGGACCAACGCCGAACUGACGGAAGCCCUGCAGCACGUGUGGAACAAGAAGAUGACCACCAGCCAAGCGUCGCGGAUAUUCGGCAUCCCCUACAACUCCCUACUAAUGUACGUCCGCGGAAAGUACGGCAAGAGUCUCAAGCUGGAGCAGCUGCGCAAGGACUGCAUCAGUGGGCCUCCGAUCGAACUGCUCCAGAUGGGCAUGAACAACAACAACAAGGACAAGAAGGACGGCUCGGACAAGGACAUGCCGCUGCACCAUCCCGGAGGCAACCCGAACGGAAGCGGUAACGGCAACGGUUCGGACCAACGAGGUCCCCGCUCGGCAUCGUCGGAACCGGAACUCCUGUCCAGUCCGAACCCGCUGUUCAAUCCGUUCCCGCCUGGUUUCUACCCGGAUUUCCCGGGUGGUUUCCCCGGUCUGCCUCUGAGCAUGCUGAACCUCCUGCCUCCGGAUCGACAUCACCCCGGUGCCCAUCAGCUUCCGAUGAGCAUCGACGAGGACUGCAAGAGCGACCGGUCGAAACAGUCCAUGGACGAUGACUUCCCGCAGCCGUUGGCACUGAACCGGUCCGGGCUGAGUGGGGCCGGGGCGAGUAGUGCAGGUUCUGACCGAGGCAUGGACGGACCCCCGGUGGACAGUCGACGGGAAAUCUACCAGCAAAAUGGACAGGACUAAUAUAUGUACUUUCUUGACCGACUCAAGGCAAUGCCGCGGUAUCCCAAGUGGGUGGGUUGAGAAAGGUAGCGAAAGUGCGAGGGGAGGUGGAUAAUGAGGGAAUGGUGAAUUUGUGAGAGAGCAGAGAAACAGACAACUUUCGGCUGUGUGAUAUUUGAAUCGAGUCGACAAAGCACCGCGAUGAGCAAAUGCUACUUUAUCGAUGCGGUUGGUGUCCAGGAUCAUGGCAAGCUGGCCGCCUUCGUCAAUGAAGUUUAACGGCGGCUGAUAAACAAGGAUGUCGCCGUAUGUCGACUAAGCUUUAGACAGCAAAAGCUGAUUAAACUGAAUGGAGAGCAAAAACAACAAACGAAAACGUGAUAGCGAUUAGGUUUUAUGUUAGUUUCAACGAUUCCUAAUGAUUUUAUAUCUUUGUUUUAUUGAAUUGGUAUAUUAGUUCAAUCAUUAUUUAAACGCAAUGUUAUAGUAGAACGAAUGCAAUAUUUUAUUUUUGUAAUGGAAAGUGUAAAGUAUUUUAUUUUAUGAUAUUAUUAGAGAGCAAACAAAAACACGCAAGUUGAAUCCUUUGGGGCAAUAUUUAUACUCGAAAAAAUGUGCGAAUAGAGAAAUUAGGUUUAGUUUUGUGUAUUUUAUUAUUCGUUCAGUGAGAUGGUGCUUUAUGGAAUAUAGAUUUUAGUUCUUACUUGCGAAAGCCAAACACACCGACCGAAAACUAUAUGCAGCAAACGCAACACAAUGACAGAGCUCUUUCAGCAAAUGGGAGAGGUCAUCCACAAAACAUGAAAAACAAUAGAACUACUAAACGUAAGAAAUGAACAAACGUGCUUCCUGAGUAUAUAAGUUAAAGUAUAAGUUUUAAAAUCCAAUCUACAGUGAAACGAUAGGCAGAGAAACGAAAGCAACACAGGUAAAUUGGGAAAGUAAUGGAAACAUAAACGAUACAGAACAACCAGAAACACACACAAACAAAUGAUGGAAACUACUUAACUACUUAUAACAAUAGCUAAUUUAUUUAUGAAAUCAUAACUAAGUGAACGCAAACAUCACAGAACGCUGAUGUCAUAGUAGGAUCAGUAUAUUUUAGUUGCUUUUAGUUCCCAAUGUAGCAUAAUUUUUAUUUUUGUUAAAAAGAAUCAUACGUUCUACUGAAAUCCCUCCUUUUGUUCGUAUGCAAAAUAGUAUUAUUUUGACCUUCUUUGUAAAUUGUAUUAUUUACUCUUUUUCGCACCACCAGCGUACUUCCAAGAAGAAGCAAACGGGCAACAACAAACGAUACAGUAUUAAUCAAAUAAAUACAGCAGUUUUACACAACUUUAUUCAUUGGUUUUGUUUUAUUUUCCUUAUUUGAAUGAUCAUCCCUACCAAUGACAGCCACAUAUAAUCAAUAAAAGACUGAUAUUCCCUUUUCUGUUUCGAUCUGUAAUUGUUUCAAAGAAACCAUUUUUCAGUUAUUUUGUAUCACAUCAUUUUUUUUUUUCUUAGAAAACAAAAUAGCCAAGUGAAAGAUCUAAGGCCAAUCAUAGUGAGGAUAAUUGGGCCGAAAACACGACUACAGCUACAGCAAAAUCUACUAACAAAAACUAAAAAUAACACGGGAAAUGGCAGUAGUCGCUACUUUAGUGUAACAAUAAUAGAAACAAAAGCAAACAAAAAAAAAGCAGUUACAAAAUGGAAACUGAAAUGGAACUAAUUUUAACUCGCAUUACAUAGGUUAUAAAGAGGAAAAGGUGUUGUGGACGAAAGUCCACUCGCCAAAACUAAAUGUCUUAACAGCAGGUUUUUAUUUCGCUUCUUGACUUUCUUUUACAGAGCUAGACAGUAUGUACCGGUUCUGUUCAAUUACCUCAAACAACUCUAACUACCAAACAAUAGUACAGACAGCUAACAAAACAGAAAGUGGGAGAAGUGGUCAAUACAAGCCUCAGUUCUCUGUUUCAACUCAACAAAACCAAACGCAAUGCAACGCAAUAGACUAUUUUUUUACCGAAGCAGAACAAUUGUUAAUCACAGUGAAAUCAAAUCAAAACCAAACUCACACAAACAGAAACUGAAACGCAAUAGUUCCUCAAUCAGAUUGAACAAGUUACAGUACGGAUUAUACAACCACACAUUACAUCAUACACAGUGAAAAUGCGCGCAUUCUUUUUUGCGUGCACCAAUAGCCAAAGCCACUACCGGUGGCAAACAACAAUAGCAACAAAUCAAACUCAACCGAAACAAUAGUUUAGUCAAUAAUGCGGAUUCCUCGAAGGGAUCCGUAACCGGUGCAAUAUGUUAGUGAUUUUAUACGUUGAUGGAUACUUAGAUGCGUUCAAAGCUUUUUUUUUUCUCUUUCUUUAUCAGAUCCAUAUUUUCGAUAAGCAAAAUUUGCAGAGAGUGAUUUCAGCUAUGGCCAACUGAUUAUGACAUUCUCAAAUACUGCUAGCAACAGUCUCACACUAAACUUUAAACCCAUGGGUUUUAACUCUCUAUAUCGAUACAUUUUAACGUUUCAGUUGUCACAGUUCGACUAGAGCAAAAUCAAUCGAAAAAUGUUUUGAUGUUGCUUGUUCAUGGAUGUCAGUCAGCAUUCAGAGGAGAAACAAAUGGCUUGUUUAUAUGAUUAGACAAGCUGUUAAAAACAACGGCCGCAUCCUGUUGAUACAUUGCAUAGUUCCAAAUUUUGUCACCACGUGGGGCUAGUGUACGUACACAGUGUAAGUACGUUAUUUCCGGUACAAAUUUGGUUAGACAUACCAAGAAAUUCAAGCCAGAUAGGAAGCUGCAAUCUCCAGCAAAGCUGUUUAGGACUACGAACACUUCCAGAUGAUGGAUAGUGUAGUUCAGAACUUGAAGACCUAAAUGCACAGUGAACUCCGCAACGGCUUUGGUGAGUUUAACAAGGAAAUAGUUUGACCCGAGUAAGUGAAAAAAUCUAAUGAAUAGCAUAUUCAGUUAUUACUGAUUGAACUACUGAAGAACAAAAACUGAUAUUGGUUUGAUUGAUCUUCUUCUUCUUCUUCUUCUUCUUCUUCUUCUUCUUUAUGGCUCUACGUCCCCACUGGGACUUGGCCUGCCUCGCUUCAACUCAGUGUUCUUUGAGCACUUGGUUUGAUUGAUAUAGGAGGUAAAUGAUCAGAAAUUACUGGAAAAUCUAGUAUGGUGUAUUGUCCAACUGUGGCUCACUGUUGUGAAUAUCAUGGGAAUCAUAGCAUUUAAUUAUUCGUUUUCACAGAAAGGGUCACAAAUAACAUUUCACUAUUAUUGCGUGUGUAAUGUAUGUGUAACAUUCCAUGCAAAAGAGCUAAUUUUGUUUUUAUGUAGAAAUUUUAAGAUAUUUCAACAAGAACAACAACUGAUAUCAUAUCACUUUGAGUUAUUCGUGCGAUGAUCAUAACAUUUUUGAAUAACAUCUUCAUCACAUCGAGCUAUGACAGCAAAAAUUGUUUGAUUUGAGAUAUGAUUUAGAUAUUUUUGUCUACCCGAGGAAUAUCGCCACCACGUGGCGCUAAUGUACAUAUGUAGUUAAUUCCGGUGCGACAUUGGUGAGAUAUUAACGAGCAUGAGAGGAAGGUACGAAGUUCGGCAAAGUUUUUCAGCGUAGUUCCGAAUGUUUGGAUCAUAUGACGCUGCGAAUGACGGAGUUUGUUCGUAUUAGCACCAGUGAUGAAUGCAAGUAUGUGCUGACUUUGUCACGUUUCAUCAUUUAAUUCUGCUUUGUCUUCAAUGAUAAUGUUUCUAUUUUUUUCUGGAGAUUCUUGCAGAUAUUUUACCUGAGAGUUUCUACAGGAAUCCCAUCUGCAAAAUACUUGAAAAAUACUAAAUGUAUCUUCUUAACGAUUCUCACAAGGAACUCUUGAAACAUUUUUACCAGAAGCUUCUGGAGAAUUCCCAGAAAUAUAACCUGAAAAUGUUCAAGAAGAAAAGCCAUGUGGGCUCCCUUAAGAUUUUUGUAGAGAUUUCUGAAAGAUUCCCAGAAGGAAUUCCUAGAGAUUUCCAGAAGGAACUUGCGCAGAAAUCCUGAAGGGGUUUUUGAAAUUAUCUCCUUAAGAAUUCAUAGAAGAAACUGCUGGAAAAAAUACAGCACACCAUGGAGAAAUAGGAGAAAUUUGUGGCUUCGUGGCCGUUCGGCUAGUGACACCGAGCAUUUAGUCGCAUCGUGCUGGGGAGUGCGAGUUCGAUUCCCACCGCAGCUGUCAGGAAAAGUGUCGAUGAAAAUAAAAAUAAUUCCAACGUCAUUUUGCUCAUGGAGCAAGGUGAAACCCUGUUCGCAUAACAAAAGAAAACCUCAAACAAGGUUACAAGCAGUGUUUUUAUGCACUUAAAGCUCCAAGAAAUUCAAAUUAAAAAUGAAUCAAGAUGAUUUGCAUGUUAUUAAAAUAAACGGAGGAUAGAGGGUGAUCUUCAGAACACAUCGUUUUAUAAAAAACUCAUUUUUCGAGCAUUUCAUGACCCAGAUUCAUAGCCGUAAGUACUACAUGGCACAUCUUUACUAUUUUUGUUUCGUCUCUUGUGACAAGAGACUCUUGUAUUGUAACGACAAAAAGCUUGUAAAUUUUAUAUAAAUGGUCGUGUUAUAAAAUGUGAAAGCACACAUAAAGAGCUCCAAAGUUAUUCACUACGAAACACAUGCAAAAUUCAAUAGUAUUUCGUACCGACUUCUUUAACUACAGAAAUGCUCUGCUUUUUAAAGCUUUCUUCUUGAGAAUUGUGCGUCUCAAGUUCUGAUGCACUGUUGAAGCGGGAUUUUAGAAUGUUUGUCCUUAAGAAAUAUUUUGUGAAUUCUCGAAACAAGCAGCAGAACUUACUGACGGGAUAACUGAGGUAUUCCUGAAUAUAAUUUCAUUAAAGGCAUUGAGGGCCCAUAUAGCCGAGGCGGUAAACGCACGGGUAUUCAGCAUGACCAUGCUGAGGGUGACGGGUUCGAUUCCCGGUCGGUCCAGGAUCUUUUCGUAAAGCAAAUUUCCUUGACUUCCUUGGGCAUAGAGUAUCUUCGUGCCUGCCACACGAUAUACGCAUGCAAAAUGGUCAUUGGCAGAGGAAGCUCUCAGUUAAUAACUGUGGAAGUGCUCAUAGAACACUAAGCUGAGAAGCAGGCUUUGUCCCAAUGAGGACGUUACGCCAAGAAGAGGAGAGGAAUUUCAUUAAAACUUAAUCAUGGUAGAAGACUUACCGAUUCAAUUGCCUGAGAUUUUUUACAGACUUAGGAGUUUCUAAAACAGCUUCUAAAGUAAUAAAAUUUUAGAAAUAUGAAACGGUUUAUUGUUAAGUUUUAUAAUUCAACUUUAAAACAGUUCCCGAAAGAAUGCCAAGGAAAAUAUUCUAGAUCAACGAAUAGUAGCUUUUCACAGACUUCUUUAAAGAAAUAUCUGCAGAGUUAUAUUAGGGAAGGUUUCCAAUUCAUAACACAUUUAUGAUGAACUACUUGAUCUGGGCUGAAAGUCUCUCUAAUAAAGACAAAUCAAUCAAUCAAUGAACUACUUGACUGUAUUAUUGUAUAAAGUACCGUAAAUCAAAGUCAAAUUGAUCUUUAAAUAAUUUCUUUACGUAUAUCAAAUAGUAUCAGGAUCCAAUCUUGCAAGGAAACUAUUUAAAGUAUACUUUAUCUAGCGGAAAAUCUUCUGAUCAAUUUCGAUCCCGGUUUACGGUAAUGGAAAUACAGUUGAGUAAUGGUUUUUUGAUACUAUGCGAAAGAGUACCUUUUUCUGAGCCACUAUGUUUUGUUGCCUUUCUCGUACACUAAGUGUACUGGAAAGGCUAGUUGUUCAUUCCAAAAAUGACUUUUUGAUAGAAGGCCCGGAGGGUCGAGUCACAUAUACCAAUCAAAUCAGCUCGACGAAUUGAAGUGAUGUCUGUGUGUAUGUGUGUGUAUGUGUGUGUGUACAAAAAAAAACUCACAUCACUUUUUGGCAGUAAACCUCAACUGAUUUUAAUGACCGACGGUUCAUUCGACGCGGAAUCUGGUCCCAUUGUUAUGGCCAUUUAGGUGUUCCGGACCAGUACCCUUGCAAGGGGCCAUACAUAAAAAUGUAACAAACACAUACAUGCGACACAUCAAACUGUGACAUUUUGGAUAACCUGAUGAACAGUUAGAAAGAAAACAGUGCCAGACCUUAUCUAAACCGGUAGUGUUCCGGAGCCGGUUCCGGGUGUCCCGCCGGAAGUGGCCAAAUAUAAAAGUGAACCAAAGCCAUGCAUGCGACACAUCAAAUUGCGGCAAUUUCGAUAACUUGAUGAACAGUUAGCAAGAAACAGUCUCAGACCAUAUCUGAACCGGUUGUAAUCCAGAACCGUUUCCGGGUGUCCUGCCGGAAGUGGCCAAAUAAAAUGAGAACCUAAGCCAUGCAUGCGACACAUCAAACUGCGGCUUUUUCGAUAACCUGAUGAACAGUUGGCAAUAAAACAGUCCCAGACCAUAUCUGAACCGGUUGUGUUCCGGAACCGGCUCCGGAUGUCCCGCCGGAAGUGGUCAAAUAUAAAAGUGAUAGAAACCCAUGUAUGCGACACAUCAAUCUGCGGCAAUUUCGAUAACCUGAUGAACAGUUUGCAAGAAAACAGUCUCAGACCAUAUCUGAACCGGAUGUGUUUCGGAACCGGUUCCGGAUGUCCCGCUGGAGGUGGUCAAAUAUAAAAGUGAACCAAAUCCAUGCUUGCGACAUAUCAAAGCGCGACUUUUUUGAUAACCCAAUGAAAAAUUGGCAUGAAAAAAAGACUCAGACCAUAUCUGAACCGGUUCCGGAUGUCCCGCUGGAUGUGGUCGAAUAUAAAAGUGAUCUAAACCAUUGCAUGCGACACAUCAACUUGCGGCAAUUUCGAUAACCUGAUGAACAGUUUGCAAGAAAACAGUCUCAGACCAUGUCUGAACCGGUAGUGUUCCGGAACCGGUUCCGGGUGUCUCGCCGGAAGUGGUCAAAUAUUAAAGUGAACCAAAUCUAUGCAUGCGACAUAUCAAAGCGCGUCUUUUUCGAUAAUGUAAGGUUGGCAUACAAUAAUACUCAGACCAUAUCUGAGCCAGUAGUGUUGCGGAAUCAGUUCCGGAAGUUCCGCCGGAAGUGGUCGUAUAUAAAAUUUGACAAAACUUUUGCAUGCGGCACAUCAAAUCACGGCUUUUCCGACAACUUGAUGACCGGUUAUCAAAGAAGUAUGCUAAGACCACAUUAUGGACUGUCAGUAGUUCCGAAACUAGUUCCGGGUUUCCCUCCGAAAGCGGCUAAAUAUAAAAUUGUACCAAACCCAUGCAUGCGACACAACAAAGCGCGGAUUUUUGAUAACCUAAUUAACGUUGCAAGUAAAUAGGCUUAGCCUAUUUAAGUGGCUAUCGGUAGUGUUCCGCAACCGGUUCCGGGCCAGAAGUGAAACAAAACCCAUUCAUGCCAUGUCUCAAAUCACGGCUUUUUAGGUAACAUGAUGAACAGUUGCAAGAAAAUAGACGCAAGCCAUAUCAGUGUGUAAAGGAACCGAUUCCGGUUGUCCCGCCAGAAAUGGUCAAAUGUAAAAGAGAACCAAUACAUGUGGCAUAUCAAUGACUUAUUCAGUAAUAUGAUAAACAGUUAGCCAACAAAUAAUCUCAGACCAUAUUUGGCAGAACCGGUAGUGUUCCAGAACUGCUGACGAGACGCUGGAAGUGGUAAAAUAUAGAGGGGAACCAAACCAUAGCGGCGUUUUUGAUAAACUGAUGAACGGUCAACAAGAAAAUAGUCUCAGACAACACCUAGAACUUGUAAUAAUAUUUCGAAAUCGUUUGCGGGUGUAGCAUCGGAAGUAAUUUAAUAGAAGUAGACCAAAACCAUGCGUGCGAUACAUAAAUUCGUGGCUUUUUCAAAAAUUUGCUGAACGGUUAGCAAAUAAAUCACAUUAAUUUUCAGCUUUUUAGGUAACUCGAUGAACAGUUGAUAAGAGCAUAGUCUUAGACCAUAUUUGAGACAACCGGAAUCGGUUCCAGGUGUCCCACCGGAAGUGGUCAAACGUAAAAUUUAACAAAACCCAUUCAAGCUGCACAUCAAAUAGCGGAAUUAUAAAAAAGAACAAAAUAAAUGUCAAAGCGAUAAAUCAAAUCGCGUCAUUUUUUUUUGAUAGCCUGUAAACGUUGGGUAAGUUUAUAAGUGAAAAAAUGGUCAAAGUCCAAAGCGAUCUCUUCAAAUCACACCAUUUCAGAUUCCAACGGUGUAAAUGUAUAGUAGAAUGAAUCAACGUUUUAUGGAAAAAUUAUAAUUUAAUCGCACCUAAUACAGUUUUUUUCAAUCUUCAAUCUCCUUUUGCUUCUAAACUUACUGCUCACAAUUGGGGUGCGGCUGAUUGAGCCCUCGCUCUUCUCAUUGCGAUUGAAAUUUGAAUGGAAAAUUUACAUUUUCUGCAUUUUUCUCGUAAGAAGGUCAAAUUUCACAUGAAUCGUGUUACCAAUGGUAAUAAAAUAAAGCCUAAAGUGUGCUGAAAUAAACAUUGGCGAAGAUCACAAAGUGAUCUGUGAUUGUGAAUAAAGUAAACUCUACAUCGGAGUAUGUACCAUCAAUAAGCUUACCAAAUCGAUGAGGGCUUUGUUAAAAUUGGAUUCAGGAAUAUUUUGGCUAACGUCGACGGAAAGUUCAUGGGUACUUAUUCGACAAGAAAGGCACUAUCACCACUAGGUGGAUUCAUCUGGUUUUUUUUACCAUUUAGAGGACUAUAUCAUCCUUCAAAAAGUUUGCACUCACGAACCUAACACCCUGUUUACAGAAUAAUCUGCAUUAUGUACAGAUAAAAAUCCGCAUCCGUACAGAUUUCGUUAUAUAUGAAAUACAGAUUUUUUAACUUUUUUAUUUUUGUAUGGGAUAUAGAUUUUUCAACCAAAUAUUAUAUGGGAUACAUAACUUUAAAAAAGUGAUAGAUAAUCUAGUUUACAGCAUUUUUGAACCCGGCGAGCUGAUCAUCAUUUUUGGUGUAGAAUCAUGCUCUGAGUUCGAAAACGCGAAGGAAAAAAAUUACAUUAGAGCGGAAAUUUUUUUGACUUUCCAUACAAGGUUGAUGAUUUGAAAUCGAUUUCUGUUCUAUUUUUAAGCAACGUCACUCACUUCACACUCAUUCUCCGUAAUCAGUACUCCGAUUGAGCUGAAAUUUUUACUGUAACUCGCCUACAUAUGAUAUGUCAAAUAAACGUCGAGAAAGAAUUUUUAAGUUGUUUAUUUCUUAUUGAAAAAAAAUACAUUUCUUAAAAAAUUUGGGGAAAUUUGCUAAAAUUUAAGAAGAUCGCCCCUAAAACUCGCCAAUAUCUUGAAUUUCAUCAAUCUGACUUAAAACCUGUAUUCAGAUGAUCGAAUGGUAUUGUAUUCAGCUUUUGAUUUAUGGAAAAAGAUUUUAAAUUGGUUGAACAAAACGCAAUAUAUUUAAAUUUUAGUAAAUUACAUAUUUUGAAAAGUUGCAAAACUCGAUAUUGAGCUAAAACUCAAAAACUGUUCUACUUAAAAUUUUUUGAAGGUCAAUUUCGAAACCAGCACUAAAUUGUGCUUCAAAAAUUUUGAUCGUUGACAGAAGUUCACGACUUUCGUUUUAUUUUGUAAACUUGUGUUAUUCAAAAAAUCAUCAGGCAUCUCUGGCCGUCAGUACUGGAUAUGUUGACUACAAAGAGUUUUGGGGGCAUUUUGGCCAUCACUAAGUAGUGGUCAAAAUCCUAACGUCGAUAAUGUCGUAAAAAUUCCGCCCGUCUGUUGCGGUGAUCUUCAGGUGUAACAAUAAGAUAGCCCAAACAACACAUAUGCCACAGAAAAGUUACAGCAAUGUAGUUUAUGGUUACGCACUUCGAGUACUUAUUUGUUAAAAGUUGGUCACAGUGACUUUUGCGCAAAAAAAAAAUCUGCGCUGUCGGGGCUUUUUUGUGAUAUGUGCGUUGCUUGGAAUGGUGUAUUUGAUGACGGUGCUACAAUGGCAAACAAAGCAACAUACAUGCCACAGAAGAGUUACGGCAACACCAAUUUUGGUUGUAUAAAAGAUACUAUAACAAUUCUAAAAAUUAUGCCACGACAUCUAUACAACUAAAACUUGCGCUGCUGCAAUUCUUAUAUCACACGUACUUUGUCAUAUUUUUGGAGAUGACUGGAUUUUGACAUUUUAUUCAAGAUCACUCUUAGCAACUUACAUUGCGCAUUUUCCACCCCACUGGACCCUCCCGCAGUUAGUAUAAGUGCGGGAUCGUGCGCAGAAGACACCAAAUCGAUUUGAUGCAAAAUCGCAGUUUUAUUCACGAUCCCGCACUUAUACUAACUGCGAAAAGGGUCCAGUGGGGUGGGAAAUGAGCAAUAUUGUUGUUUUGAGAUGAGAUAGAUAGUCUCUUUGAAAACAAAGGAGUGUAUGUAGAACGACAUCAAAGCUUUGAACCCAGCUAGGUCCAUAUUUAAAAUUUAUUGGUUGAAUCAUAGGCUGAAUUUUGUUUAUUUGAGUUAAAUGAAACCCAAAAGAUAACAGACAUGAAAACGAAUAAUUGUGACUCUUAAAUCGUCAAAUUUGGUUACAGUUACAAGUCAUCAAAACUUUUGCUAAACAAUAGUAGAAUACAGUAAAAAUUGCAAAACGACAGAAUCAUUGUUGCAAACAAUGUUUGAAGCAGCUAGUCCUUUAAUAGAAACUUAUUACAUUUAAUGUUUACACAGUUUAACACAACCAAAUGCCGAUAACUUACAGGAUUUACAAUAGAAACGGGAUGCAUUUUUCAAGAACUACAAACAAAAACCACUUUUUUGUUGUUACGAACCCGCUGUUCGACAAAAGGGUGGGACGCCUCUACAAUUAUUACUACCGAACAAAACAAUACAUUGAGCAGCAAACAUACAAGAGACAGCAAAAGACGGAUAUAGCCAUAGAACGUCACAGUGAUAUACCAAACUUACCAAUAGAGCCAAAACCGAAUAUAUUUUUAUUAUUUACAGUGAAACUACAAACACACAACACAACUACGGUGACAGAUUUAUAAGACGAUGUGAGUUUAGGAGCUGUCGGAAACAGGCAAACGGCGAACUCUUUACUUUGCUAUACAACCACAUUUGGAUUUGUGCUACGAAAUAUUAGUUAGUUCUCCCACCACGUCCAGUUCAGUGCACCACAAAAAAAACGGUUUGAGAGGUAAUCUGUAUUUUGUAUCCUUUGGCAGCAAAACUCAAUUUAGGAAGAAGCACGUUUAAAAACAAACCAUAUGAAAAUACCUACAUUUAAGAAACGUACAAAAUCUACUGAGUGUCGUAAGGUCUUGAAUUCUUGAAUUUAGGAGAUAUUUGUGCAAAUUAUGUAAGGCAAAAACGAAAUUUGAGAAGACGACAGAAAUGUCCAAAAAAAUGACCACUUUAGUUUCGUGUAGAAAUUACGCACGUGCACACCAAAAACAAACAAACGAAAACAAAAAGACAUUUUCGGAUUUGUAUACGACCUGGGAUCUAGAUGUCACACACUCUGUUCAAAUUAUGUCAAAAUUGAAGGAGAUGUCAGCCAUGCUGGAGGAGCAAGAGAUAAUAACACAAACAUGAGCACAACUUUCCAACGCAAAACAAAAAGAAAUCCUUCUUACAGUCGCCAGAAUGCCCUUCCCGGAAAGGGGAGAACGUCGAAUCCGGUGAGCGCUAACGCAAACAAAGAAAUCGUGAUGAAACAGGUGUAAAAAUAUUGUCAUAUUCCAAAUUGGAAACUGAAGAAUAUAUUAGGUUAAAUAUAAUGUAAUUCUGUAAACCACAUGUACAAAAUAACGUAGCUACAAUAAAACGGUAAACAACUCGAUACAGAAACUCAGUCAAAAUACUUUCAGUUCAACCCGACUACGCAUUCCCCUGUUGACAAAGCUAAUUCUCGUCUUAGGUAAACACUUUCCUGAGAUUCCAAGCAUCCAGCAAUAGACAAUCUACUUUAAGCCCCGUGAUCCGAUGGUUAAAGCUACAUAUUUGCGUUUGUAUUAAAAGCAUAGUUUUGAAAAUCUAGCCCAACCCAAAUCGAAAACCAAAAUCCAAAAGAAAAUGUCUUAGUGCUUAAGUUCUACCAGUUCAGACACAUUAACACUCAGCUGCUCAGUAAAACAACAAAUGAAAAAAAAAAAUAACGGAAAGAAUAAAACAGGGUAACUUAAUGAAUUUCAUAUACAUUAAACAAAGCAUACAAAAACAAAACAACACAAUGGUGAAAAAGAGGAAAUAGAAUUUAAAAAAUCUAAAUUAUAGCAAACAAGGCAUUAACGACAUACUGAUCAGGUGUUUUUUAGCAGAAACUAAACGAAACGUUCUUGUGAGUUUGACCCAAAACGUCAAAACGCACUCACUUAAAACACACGAACGAGUGUUCACGAGAAACAAAACAAACCCAGAAAAAUACAGUAAAUAACUGAAAUUUGUACUUUUUCGAUAUGUGAUACCGAUUUGGAACGUUAUUUGGUUUUAUGUUCGUCUAAGUUCUGUAUUUGAAAAUGACUUAGGUUGAGUAAUUGUUUAACUAACGAAAUUACAACUGUCUGUAAAUACGAGAACCCAGAAGUUUUGGUAAGCAAAUAAUAGUAAGUGGAACUUUUCGGCACUAAGCAGCAAAGAAGAUGUAAAAAAAAUAAAAACAAAAUCUAAAGCGAUGACACGUAAGCAAAAUCCAGAGGUGACUUGGACGUAAACAAAAAUAAAUAAUAAUAUUAA